AUGUUCGCCUCCAAUCCGAACAGGGGAACGCCUUCGCAACCUCUCAACCAUUCACGGCAACAACCUUCUUACCAGUCGACCAAUGAACACCAUAAGAGGCCAACAGCAAUUGAACCUUCGCAUAGCAAGGGCUCCGACAGCCACGAAACAGCUGCCAGCAACAUUAUCGCUGCACAAACUUUCACUUUUCGGGAGUUAGCAACCGCCACAAAGAAUUUCAGGCAAGAAUAUAUGCUCGGUGAAGGUGGAUUCGGACGGGUUUAUAAAGGCCGUCUCGGAAAGACCAACCAGAUGGUGGCUGUUAAGCAACUCGACCGAAACGGACUUCAGGGGAACCGGGAAUUUCUAGUUGAGGUUCUAAUGCUGAGCCUUCUACACCACCAAAAUCUAGUGAACUUGAUCGGGUACUGCGCAGAUGGUGAGCAGAGGCUUUUGGUGUACGAAUACAUGCCUUUAGGAGCUCUAGAAGAUCAUCUACUCGACCUUCGACCUGGGCAGCCCCCAUUGCCUUGGUUCACAAGGAUGAAAAUCGCAUUACACGCUGCAAAGGGGCUCGAGUACCUGCACGACAAGGCAAACCCGCCUGUUAUAUACCGAGACCUCAAGUCAUCCAAUAUUCUGCUCGACAGGGAGUACAAUGCCAAGCUGUCAGAUUUCGGGCUCGCAAAGCUUGGACCGAUUGGGGAAAUGACACACGUGUCGACCCGGGUGAUGGGGACUUACGGGUAUUGUGCCCCUGAGUAUCAGAAGACCGGCCAGCUGACAGCCAAAUCGGAUGUCUACAGCUUCGGUGUUGUCCUUUUGGAGCUCAUCACGGGCCUCCGGGCCGUCGACACCAGGAGGAUGGCCCAUCAGCAAAAUCUUGUCACAUGGGCUGACCCGAUAUUCAAGGAGCCGAACAGGUUCUCGGAGCUGAUGGACCCGCUCCUGAGGGAGGAGUUCCCGAGGAAGAGCUUCAACCAGGUGGUGGCCGUCGCCGCCAUGUGUCUCCAGGAGGACGCCGCCAUCCGCCCCCUCAUAAGCGACGUCGUGACGGCGCUGAGCUGCCUCCCGAACGAGCCCGACGCCCGGUAUCGCUCCCCCGCCUCCACUGCCGCUCCUCAGGUGACGGCGGCGGACGAGAGCCGAGGCGACGCCGCCUUCGACUCCGCUGCCGCCAGCGUGGCCGCCGUGGAGAGGGAGCGGGCGGUGGCGGAGGCCAUGGCCUGGGGCUCCAAGUCCAGGCACAAUAGCAGGCAGCAGUCCAUUCGAGUCUUCACCACGGCAGCUGCGCGUAGGGCUUUUCGGCGGCGGCUGCGGGCGAGCACUGGCUUUGAGCCAACAGAAGGAGAUUUAGAGCAGGAAGAAGAAACUAAAGCAUUAUCACAAGGAGUUGCAGCUGCACCUCAAGGAGUAGAAAGAACUAAGAGAACCUUAAAGUGCAAGAAGAGAAAACGGUUCCCUACAUUUGAGCAUGAGGAGUCAUCUCCAUCUUCUGAUGGAGAAGAUGAUAAUGAUAUUGAUAUGCUAUCUGGUUCUGGUUCUGAGGAUGUAGCUGAUGAACCAUACAGUCCUUACUAG